UGCUGCGUGCUGCCGUUUGUCAGAGCUCCAGCGGUACGAGUCAAUACUGGAGGUUUUUUUUGUUUUAAUUUUAUUUUUAAAUAAAAGCCUGUCUUAAAUUAGCGAGUACACGUAAUUGCCAGGGCUUUUAAUUCGUUUGUUUUACUUUUCUAAGUGUAGUGUAGGGAAGGUUAGCCGCUGAAGAUGUCAGUGGUGGGAUUUGACUUGGGCUUUCAAAGCUGUUAUGUAGCUGUAGCGCGAGCCGGAGGCAUCGAGACCGUCGCGAAUGAGUACAGCGACCGCUCUACACCAUCGUUUGUAUCAUUUGGACCAAGAAAUCGAGCAAUAGGAGCUGCUGCAAAAAGCCAGGUGGUGACAAAUUGUAAAAACACUGUGCAGAGCUUUAAGCGAUUCCAUGGCAGAGCAUUCUCAGACCCUUAUGUCCAGUCAGCAAAGUCUACUCUGGUGUAUGACCUGGCACAAAUGCCUUCUGGAUCCACUGGAAUAAAAGUGAUGUAUAUGGAGGAGGAGAGGGUGUUCAGCAUUGAGCAGGUCACUGGCAUGUUGCUAACAAAACUGAAGGAGACGGCUGAAAGUGCCCUGAAGAAACCAGUGGCAGACUGUGUCAUCUCGGUCCCCAGCUUUUUCACCGAUGCUGAGAGGAGGUCUGUCAUAGAUGCUGCUGAGAUCGCAGGUCUAAACUGUCUGCGACUAAUGAAUGAAACCACUGCAGUUACUCUUGCGUAUGGAAUUUAUAAGCAAGAUCUACCACCGCCUGAAGAAAAGCCAAGAAUAGCUGUGUUUGCAGAUCUGGGCCACUCUGGUUACCAGGUGUCUGUGUGUGCCUUCAACAAAGGAAAGCUCAAGAUCCUUGCUACGUCUUUUGAUUCAGAGCUCGGCGGGAAGUACUUUGAUGAUGUCUUGGUUAAUCACUUUUGUGAAGAGUUUAGUAAAAAGUACAAGCUGGACGUGAAGUCCAAACCGAGGGCAUUGGUGCGACUCUACCAAGAAUGUGAGAAGCUCAAGAAGCUGAUGAGCGCCAACUCCUCCGACUUGCCUCUCAAUAUUGAGUGCUUCAUAAAUGACAUCGAUGUUGCUGGUGUACUUAACAGAGGUCAGUUUGAAGAAAUGUGUGCAGGACUGUUGGCCAGAGUGGAGGGACCCCUGCGGAACGUCAUGGAACAAGCCAAGCUGAAAAAGGAAGAUGUGUAUGCAGUAGAGAUUGUGGGCGGAGCCUCAAGAAUUCCUGCCGUCAAAGAGCGAAUCAGCAGAUUCUUUGGUAAAGAGAUGAGCACCACUCUGAAUGCAGAUGAGGCUGUGGCCAGAGGCUGCGCUCUGCAGUGUGCUAUCUUGUCACCAGCCUUCAAAGUCAGAGAGUUCUCCAUUACAGAUGUUGUUUCUUACUCCAUCUCGCUAAAAUGGAAUUCUGCAGUAGAGGAGGGACUGAGUGAUUGUGAGGUUUUCCCAAAGAACCACGCAGCUCCCUUCUCCAAAGUGUUGACUUUCUAUCGGAAGGAGCCCUUCACCCUUGAAGCCCACUACAGCAAUGCCAAAGAGCUACCAUACCCUGACACAACAAUAGGCCGGUUCCUAAUCCAAAAUGUGGUGCCCCAAACAUCUGGGGAAAGUUCAAAGGUCAAGGUCAAAGUACGGGUGAAUGUCCAUGGGGUGUUCAGUGUUUCCAGUGCCUCACUGGUUGAGGUGGUAAAAUCUGCUGAGGGAGAUGAGCCAAUGGAGACAGACCAGACAGUGGCAGAGGAAGAGAACAAGAUGCAGGUGGACCAGGAAGAUCAGAAAGUCCAAGUUAAUGAUGCUGAAGACAAGAAAUCAGAGACUGAGGAGAUGGAGAUGUCAACAGAAGAUGCCAAGCAGGAGAAGAAGAAUGACCAGGGUCCUCAGGCAAAGAAACCCAAAGUGAAAACGAAGACAGUGGAUCUGCCCAUAGAGAGCAACUUGCACUGGCAGCUCUCUAGGCAAGUGCUAAAUGGAUUUGUGGAAAAUGAGGGUAAAAUGAUCAUGCAGGACAAGCUGGAGAAGGAGAGAAAUGAAGCAAAGAAUAACGUAGAAGAGUAUGUGUAUGACAUGAGGGACAAAUUGCACGGCAUCCUUCAGAAGUUUGUCGGUGAAGCUGAUCGUGAUGCUUUUUCAUUAAAACUGGAGGAAACAGAGAACUGGCUGUAUGAAGAUGGAGAGGACCAACAGAAACAAGUUUAUAUCGAUAAACUGUCUGAACUGAAGAAAAUGGGCCAGCCUAUUCAAGACCGACACCUGGAAGCUGAGGAGCGACCCAAAGCCUUUGAGGAGCUUGGUAGGCAGCUCCAGAUGUACAUGAAGACCACUGAAGCUUACAAAGCAAAGGACGAGCAGUAUGAUCACCUGGAUGAGCUGGAAGUCCUGGGGGUGGAGAAGCGAGUGAAUGAAGCCAUGGGCUGGAUGAACUCCAAAAUAAACCAACAGAUCAAUCUUGACCUUACCAUGGAUCCAGUUGUCAAAGUUGGAGAGAUCCAAGCUAAAACAAGGGAGAUUUAUUCUGCCUGUAAUCCUGUGUUGUCCAAACCCAAGCCCAAGGUGGAACCUUCUAAGGAGGAGAAAACAGAGAAUGGACCAUUAAAUGGGCAGGAAGGAACAGAGAAUCACCCAUGCGACGCAGACAAGACCAAACCCGCAGAUAUGGAAAAAGAACCUGUGGAGAACAAGCUCCCUGAAAUGGACAUUGAUUAAGUGUUACAGUUGCUGUUGCUACAUUUUACUUUGGCUAGUUCUGCUCCUUGCCGUCGGUUCUGUCAUUCUUUUGUUAUUAUUGACCUUCCAGGCAGCAGUGUCUCUCAAUAAGAAAAUUGCAUAACCUGAAUGAAUGGACUACCUUACAGCAAACCCAUCUGAGAGUGCUAUCUGUGUUGCUUUGUUGGCCGUCAUGUUAAAUUUUAUUCAGCAUUUUCCAAGCACAUUUAAAAUACGAAUGUCUGAUUUGAAGCCAUGAAAGUGGAGAGUACAGUAAAAGCACGCAUGGCUCAUAAAAAUGUAAAAUAAAACAGUAUGUCUAAUGGGG